CAGACGUUGCAGUGGAUGUCGUGGCAGCAGCCUACAGGGAGCUGCUGGGCCAGCCCCUUGGCCAGGCAGUGCGGGGCUGCAGUGUGCGUGGCAUGGAGUAGGUGCCACCAUCCUCUCCACCCCAGCAGGAAGCAGCAGGAGUUGGAGCCACUGGCUGUGAUGGCAUCAGCCGUCCCUCCAAACUUCUCCUGGGUGGUGCCCGACAAGCUGGCAGGGCUGGCAAUGCCGCGGCUGCCUGCACACUACCAGUACAUGCAUGAGCACGGCAUCCGACACCUGGUGUCGUUGAGCGAGCGCAGCCCACCCUACCACGACACCUGCCCUGGCAUCCAGGUCCAUCGCCUCCGCAUCCCUGACUUCUGCCCCCCAUCCGUGGAGCAGAUCCAGUGUUUCCUGCAGAUCGUGGAAGACGCCAACGCCAAGGGGGAGGCAGUAGCAGUGCACUGCUUGCUGGGCUUCGGCAGGACAGGAACCCUGCUGGCCUGUUACCUUGUGAAGGCUAAGAAGAUCACAGGGGUUGAUGCCAUCCACGAGAUCCGGAGGAUUCGGCCCGGCGCUAUCGAGACACACGAGCAGGAGAAAGCCGUCAUUCAGUUCCACCACCGCAUCAAAUAGCGGGCACUGCAGGCCCGCCCAGCCCACGGUCCUGCUGCAUUGUGGGCACCAGAGACACUGGACUGCUCGGGCACUGGCACUGCAGGGUGGGCUCCUAGGCUGGGGAGGGUGGGAGCCCUUCUCCGUGGCAGUGGCAGAGAUGCUGGUCUAUGGGUCUCGCUGAGUGCCUGUGCCACCUCCAGCCCCUCCUGCCUGGGGGGUGGCACCCCAGCCUGUGUGCUCUGGGCAGAGAGCUGAGAGGAGGUGCUGAGCACAGCUGGAGAGGAAGGGAAAGGGGAAUUGUAGAGCAGCAUCUCCCCAGCCCCUUGUGAGCACCGCACUGCAUGAGCUAGACAGUAGAGCCCCAAGACAGCAGGGCUUGGCAGUCCCCUGCACUGAGACCUGCCCAGAUCCUGCCAUGAAGUCCUUAGAGAGAGAAAGCCAUGAUCAGGAAUCCCCUGGAGCUGAGAGCUUCCUGCAUGAAGCAGGUCCUCACGGGGAGCUGAGCCAGACUGGGCUGGGCAGUGUGGGGGAUCUUCUUUGAGCUGCUGCAAACACUCCUGCACCACCCUGAAUAAAGACAGCUGUGUGGUCUGCA